AAAUACAUAUCAGAUACAUGUGGAUGCAUAUUUGCAUAGUAGCAUAUUGUUUUCAUAUAAUCCUAUUUUUUAUCCGAAAAAGUACCUUAUCUGUUUUACUUAUAAUUUUACUACUCCAACUUAUAGUAUAGUUUGGUUUAAACAGAUAAACAUAUAAAUGGUUAGUUAUAUUCAAUUAAUUGCAUAUAUGUAAUAUUUUAGUUUGCAACACCCAGUAAAUGAAAUUGGGUGAUAGUUUUCCUGAACGUCUUGUAUAAUAAAACAAGAUAUUAAUUGAAUUUGAUAUACGUUUGAAGUAAUAAAUAAAAUAUUACUUGAACAUUGAUGUGAUCUUUGCAUAUAUUAAAUAUUGCCUCAACUUAUUAUAUAGAGAUAGAGUACAUGUAAAUAUAAAAUACCCAUAAAAACACUAAAUCGACGUUAUGUCACGACAAAUAUCUCAGAAACGUUCUGAUCAAUACCUUAAAAGACAGCAUUCAAUGAAAACGGAUGACAUGGAUAAUACUUACAUAGAAUCAUGUGAUUAUUGCUAUAAUUCAGUACAAAGACAACGUACUACUUCAAAUCCACCAAAUGAAAUACAAUCAAAUUUGGACUAUUCAACAAAACGAUAUACUAAUCAAAUGAAUACAUAUUUUUCUUCAGGAAAAUCAGUUAGUCCACAUCUUUUAAAUGUACUUAAUCCAAGUCCUAGUGCACAUUCAUCUUUAGUAGCUGUAAGUCGUGUUUCACAACAACCAUCAUUUGAAUCAUAUGAUUCAUCAAUGAGUGCAACAAGUUGGACAAGUUCAAAUGAUCCUGAUCUUAUUAUAAACACUUCACGUUUUACUAAUGAUUUACAAUCUUCAUCACCAAAUCAACAAACAACUAAUAUUAUUACAAAUUGGUCAACAUCAUCAUCAUCAUCAAUACAAGAAAGAAAUAAUACAAAAUCUACCAGUAAUAAUAGUAAUAUCGGAAAUUCUAAACAAGAUUUAAAAACAACUAAUGAAUUAAAAUCUAGUUUAAAAAGUACAAAAACCAAAGAAACAUUUCAAUCAAAGAAAAAAAAUCCAUUAUUACGUAGUAUUACAUUAGAUAAUGAUAAUGCUCGAAAUGAGAUCAAUAUUGAUCAUCCAUUAUCUUUAUCAUCAUCUACAAGUCGUUUAAAAAAAUUAUCAUUCUCAAGUCAAUCUGAUAAAAAAUUAUAUCGAUCUGAUAGAUUAUUUUCUAAAGUUUUAUCAAAAGAGUUAAUGGAUUUAAAAAUUAUUGAUAUGAAGAAAGACGGUUCUGGUGACCUGAAAUCUGUCACAACAUCCGGUCCACAAAAUAUUAAAGGAUUAUGGAAACGAGCCUUUCAUUCUUUAAAAAAAGAUAAGACUGAUAAAGAUCAAAUUAAACGUAAAGAAAAUGGUAAUCAACCAAUGGAUCCUCAAACACCAGAAGGUGAAGUUGAUCCAGUCUAUCAUUUGUUAAGAUGUGCUGCAAGUAAAAGUCAAACUACAGCUGUAGCUACAACUGGUAUAAUGAAUUCUAGAAUUAAUGCUAAAACAAAAUCCUCUGUACCUGAUACAUCUAUAACAAGUUCUAGCGAAUUCGGACAGUUUGUGAAAUCGGAUUAUAAUGAAAUAAAUUCAUAUCCUGGUUCUUUACUUCUACAAAGAGCAUCUACGAGCAUAACACUUAAACAAAACGAACCAGAUCCACGACGACCAGAUGAAUAUUUACUGGAAGGUGACAACAAUCUCAGCAUCAUCAAUAACAAUAAUAAUCAAAACAACAAAGAAAUUGGUAGUAACAUAUCACGCUUCAAUGAGUAUAAGUCGGCUAAAAGUAAUGUGUUAAUUUCUAGUAACAUGAAAUUAUCACCUCAAAAACCUGUAGCAGAACAACAAAUUGUAAAUGUAAAUGAAGCAGAACUAGCUUAUGAACAACAUAAACGAAUGAAUCCUAGACAGAAAACAGUGCGUUCUAAUCAGAAAAGUCCAGGAUUUCUUACUGAAGAUUAUCCACAAACAUUCUUUACUGGUGAUUAUGGCUAUGAAAAUGAACCGAAAUCAUUUACUUGUACAGAUGAAGUAAAAUCUCAAAAAUUAUUUCCAGGUUAUAAUCCAAAAUCAUUUUCAUCAGCAAUAAGAAAUUCCCGUGAAAAAAUGAAUGCAUCCAAUCGAAUGAAAAUGAUGUCAAUGGAAGAAACUGAAGAUGAUGAUGCUGAAGGUGAUAAUAAUAAUAAUAAUAACUAUUAUAUACAAGAAAAUGAUAAUUAUCAAGGACAAAAUACUUCUAGUACAAGUUAUUUACGUUGGAAUAAUUCAAAUCCAACAAUCUCACAAAAAUAUCCCUAUAAUUUAAGUUCAACAAGUCGAAAACCAUGUUAUAAUGAUGUAAUAUCACAGUGUCCUACACAAACAACAAACAUAGAAAAUACAGCAAAAAAGAAUCCAUUAUUAUCUACAAAAAGUUUUUCAUUGGAUGUACCACGUUUUGAUCAACCAAAUGAUACUAAUUUAACUGGUUCAGGAGGUUCAAGUCCAGGGCGUUAUUCUGAAGGAUUUCGAAAAUCUUCAAUUGUAAAACAACAUCAAUAUCUACCAUCUAGAGUUUCACCAUCAUCUUUUUCUCCAAGAAUGAAUGAACCAAUGUUUUAUACUCAUGCAACGAAAAAUAUUCCUUAUGAAGAAAAACACAUGACGGAUAUUCAUUAUCCAACUCAAAUAAAUACAAAAGAUUUAUAUAAUGUUGGCUCCUCAUAUCCUACAAAUUUGAAUGAAAGAUCACCUUCUACAUCAGGAAGACGUAGAAUCUCACCAUUUGAAAAUUAUUCAUCUCGUCCACGUUUAACAAAUACAAAUAGAAUGUUGCCGAAACCAAUUGAAAGUACAUAUGAAAGAAAUCCAUUUGCCGUCAAAAGGAAUUUUGCAUCAAAUCAAAGAAAUGAACCUAAUCUAAGAUUUUAAACAAUUACAAGCCCUAUAAUUGAACAGUCGAUGUAAUGUUGUUGUUGUAAAAAAAUAAAACAACAAUUUUACAAUAAAAACCAGAAUUCACCAUAACUACUUGACAUUUUUUAUUUUCAAGAGGAAUACAUCGAUUAAAGUAAAAAUAAUCCAUUAUUGCAUUUAGUUUUUGAUGUAAUCAAUUUUGUUAUUUUGCACAGUGUCUAUUGAAAAAUCAAAUAUAAAAUUAGACGAACU